AUGAUCGCUUUCAAGUCUUCAGCAUGCGUGCUCAUCGCCCUCGCAAGCGCCGCAUUCGCCCAGGAUCCGCCCAAAAUCGAUACGCCAGCCUCUCUUGUGUUCGGUCAGCCAGCCUUGCUCGCUUAUGCCGGUGGCGUUCCGCCUUGGUUCUUGUCUGUCUUGCCCGGCGGACAGCCUACGGCAGCACCUCUUAGGACGUUCCCAAGACAGAACAAUACGGCCGACGGCCUCACAUGGAAUGUGGACCUCCAGCCUGGCACCAACGUCUCGCUACAAGUACGCGACGGCAAGGGCCGUCUUGGUUACUCAUCGCCCGUCAUCAUCCUAGCACAGUAG